AUGAUGUGGUCCAACUACAGUGCUGCUCCCUUCUUACUGACUGGCUUCCUGGGCUCAGAGGCAAUACACCACUGGAUCUCUAUUCCCUUCUUUGUUAUCUACUUCUCCAUCCUUUUUGGAAAUGGUACAAUUCUCCUCCUCAUUUGGAGUGAUCACGGUCUUCAUGAGCCCAUGUACUACUUCCUUGCCGUGCUGGCAGGUACAGAUCUGGGAAUGACACUAACAACAAUGCCCACAGUCCUGGGUGUUCUACUGCUAGACCACAGGGAGAUUCCCCAGAGUGCCUGUUUCACUCAGUCCUACUUCAUUCACACACUGUCUAUUGUAGAAUCAGGUGUUUUGCUUGCCAUGGCCUAUGACCGUUUUAUUGCCAUCCGUGCCCCUCUUAGGUACAACUCAAUUCUUACCAACUCUCGAGUGAUGAAGAUAGGAUUAUGGGUACUGAUGAGGGGCUUUCUGUCCCUUGUGCCCCCAAUUCUACCUCUCUAUUGGUUCCCAUAUUGUCGUUCUCAUGUUCUUUCCCAUGCUUUUUGCCUCCACCAGGAUGUCAUGAAACUCGCCUGUGCUGAUAUAACGUUUAAUCACAUAUACCCAGUGGUUCUGGUUGCUUUGACUUUCUUCCUAGAUGUUCUGAUCAUCGUCUUUUCUUAUAUCCUGAUCCUUAAGACAGUUAUGGGCAUUGCCUCUGGAGAGGAGCGAGCAAAGGCUCUCAACACAUGUGUCUCCCAUAUUAGCUGUGUCCUGGUAUUUUACAUCACUGUGAUUGGCCUGACCUUCAUCCAUAGGUUUGGGAAACAUGCGCCACAUGUGGUCCACAUUACCAUGAGCUAUGUCUACUUUCUCUUUCCUCCAUUCAUGAACCCCAUUAUAUACAGCGUUAAGACGAAACAGAUUCAAAAAAGCAUCAUUCGCUUAUUUUCUGGGAAAAAAUAG